AUGAGGAAGAGUUUCUCUUGUUUCAUAUUCCUUCUCACCUUGUUGCUAGUUUGCAAAGGAGAGAACGAGGGUUCUGGAGUGUUCAAGAUUGGUUUUAAUGUACACAGAGGAAAUGAUAAGGGAAGUAUGUCACAAGAUGAUCAAAUGGUGAUACACAAGAGAGACGAAGAUGGGUCUGUUUCAGUUGAGCUUAGAAACAUGAGGACAUUUUACAUGGCAGAUCUCUUGAUUGGAUCCAAUAAAGAUAAUGUUUCUGUUCUCUUGGAUACUGGCUCGUCGGACUUGUGGGUGAUGUCUCAUGACUUGAAGUGCGAACUGUCGAGCAGUAGUAGUAGUCUGGGUAAUGAUGUACUUUUUGACGUGACAGAAGAGCAAAUGGAGAAAGAUUUAGUGGUUGAAGGAAAAAAAGAGAAAAAAGCUGCAUCAACUCCUACUUUGAAAUCAAAUGUCACAAAACUUGCAGAUUCUGAAUUCUAUACAACUAUCACUUACAGUUUUGGAGGAAGUGACUACCCAGGGUUUACUACUGGCGCUGGUGGCGAUGGUCUGUGGGAGACAACUGCAUUUACUGGAUCAACUGCAAGAACAUGUACUCAGUAUGGAUCAUUCAAUACUGGUAAUUCUGACACUUUUAGAAGAAACAGUUCAGCCCCAGCUUUUGAAAUUCAAUAUGCUGAUAACUCUAAUGCUAUUGGAACUUGGGGUAGAGAUGAUGUUAAAAUAGGGAAUGCGACUGUGAAAUCCUUGUCGUUUGCUAUUGCAAACGAGACUACCUCCAAUGUGGGGGUCCUUGGAAUUGGAUUACCAGGCUUAGAAGUUACAUAUGCUAAUGCUGCCUCUUCUUCAGACAUGUACCAGUAUGAGAAUUUACCGUUGAAAUUAAAAGCACAAGGCACUAUCAAUAAAGCUGCCUAUUCAUUGUACUUAGGAGAACUGGAUGCUACUACUGGUACAAUUUUGUUUGGGGCGGUCGAUCAUGCGAAAUAUAGUGGCACUUUAACCACCGUUCCAAUAAUUAAUAGGUAUGCAAGUGUUAGUAGUGAUCCCCUCAGAUUGGAAAUUGCACUUGACUCGCUUGCAUUUGACGACGAUGGUUCUCAAGUAACUGUGACAAGCAACAAGUACUCUACUCUUUUAGACAGUGGAUCAACGUUGAGUUAUCUUCCACUCAACCUUUUGGACAAGCUUGGUGAAAUGUUAGGCGGAAGCUGGUCAAGUCUGAUAGGUACCUACAUAGUGGAUUGCACAAAUGAUGAUUCAUACAGCUUCGUCUUUAACUUCAGCGGAAAGAAAAUAGAAGUUCCAUACUCUAACAUGUUACUCAAAAGUGGCUCAACAUGCUUUUUAGGAUUCAUCGGCCAGUCCAGUAGCAGCUAUAUAUUAUUAGGUGAUAACUUUUUAAGGAGUGCCUACGUGGUUUUCGACUUAGAAGAUCACCAAAUCUCCUUGGCACAGAUCAAAUAUAGUAGUGACGAAGAUAUUGAGAUCAUUUCGAGUUCCAUUCCUAGUGCUUCGAGUGCACAAGACUACUCAUCAACAAGCGGUAUCGCUUCAAGCUAUAGCGAGGGCCGUGCAACCCAAACGGUCAGUUACUCCACAGGUGAACUUACUGUAUCUGGCGCUAACAUUGGUGUCGGUACAAUUUCAGGACUGGGCUCACGUCCCACUAGCAGUGGCAGUAGUGGAAGCGGUGGAUCUAACAGAAAUCCAGCAAGUAUCAAUUCCUAUUCAUUAUACCUUGUAAUUCUUGCAGGCGGUUUUGCUGCUUCAAUCAUAUUAUAA